UCAUACAAAACGACACCGUAUGCAGCCCCAGCGGCCAUCCCCAUUUUAAUUCCCCUUCUACAAACUUUUUUCAAAUCUCAGAAAUUUGGCGCCUCUACAAAUUCACCGUGUUUCUCACUCUACGGAAAAUCACCCACAAACAGAUCGCAAAUUCCGAAGAGAAAAAUUGAGAGAUGAGGAGAAGAGCAACGAAGAAAUCAUCAGCAGCCAAUUUUCUAGCGUCACCUCCCCCACCGCCGUCGGCUACAGCAGCGGCGACCAGGAGCCCCACUCCAUCACCGGCCGAGUCUCCCGCGGCAAAGUUCGAUUUCGAUCUGAAUGGAUUCGCUGACAUCGCUGCGUCACUGAAGAAGAAGAGCAACAAAAAUGGCGGCGCAGGCGCAUCAGGUUCGAAGAGGAUGCAGCCUACUCGAUUCUCCACGUCACCGCCGCCGCAGCGGUCGCUCAAAAGUUUAAACACGAUUUCGGAUCUGAAAGAUCUGGCGUCCUCUAACCUGGAAUCGGUCAAGCUCCAGCUGGAAAGAUCUCAUUCAGAGAUUUUGAAGGAUGUUGAUGCGUCUCAGUGUCGCCUUCAGAAGCGCCUCAAGAUACAGAGUCAAGCAUGUGAGCAAGUAAUGAACGAGGCAGAAAAAGAAUAUAAGAAGAUGUCUGAUCGUAUCGAAGAAGGUAGAGAAGCAAUGAAGGCUUCAUAUACAGAGUUUAUAGCAGAAGCACAAGCCACUGCAUCUCGCCUUCUCAAAACAUCUAUUCCCGAGCUUGCAAAAACUUCUGAGAAAGGCAUUGCUUCACUUCAGAGCCGUUUUGGCAUCCCAUCGACUGCAGCUUGACAUACUAUCUGAAAGUUCCUAGGAUUGAAAUGCACAAUUUGCUGGAUAAGUCUGUUGCAGCAACUUAAAGCUUCUCUACUUGCAAGGCUGACUCAGUUAAACUGCUUUCAUUCCUUUCUAUGGUAAAAAAACUUCCUGCUUUUUUUUUCUUCUU